AUGAGGUACAGUGUGCCUCUGAAGCACAGUGUGCCUCUGAAGCACAGUGUGCCUCUGAAGCACAGUGUGCCUCUGAAGCACAGUGUGCCUCUGAAGCACAGUGUGCCUCUGAAGCACAGUGUGCCUCUGAAGCACAGUGUGCCUCUGAAGCACAGUGUGCCUCUGAAGCACAGUGUGCCUCUGAAGCACAGUGUGCCUCUGAAGCACAGUGUGCCUCUGAAGCACAGUGUGCCUCUGAAGCACAGUGUGCCUCUGAAGCACAGUGUGCCUCUGAAGCACAGUGUGCCUCUGAAGCACAGUGUGCCUCUGAAGCACAGUGUGCCUCUGAAGCACAGUGUGCCUCUGAAGCACAGUGUGCCUCUGAAGCACAGUGUGCCUCUGAAGCACAGUGUGCCUCUGAAGCACAGUGUGCCUCUGAAGCACAGUGUGCCUCUGAAGCACAGUGUGCCUCUGAAGCACAGUGUGCCUCUGAAGCACAGUGUGCCUCUGAAGCACAGUGUGCCUCUGAAGCACAGUGUGCCUCUGAAGCACAGUGUGCCUCUGAAGCACAGUGUGCCUCUGAAGCACAGUGUGCCUCUGAAGCACAGUGUGCCUCUGAAGCACAGUGUGCCUCUGAAGCACAGUGUGCCUCUGAAGCACAGUGUGCCUCUGAAGCACAGUGUGCCUCUGAAGCACAGUGUGCCUCUGAAGCACAGUGUGCCUCUGAAGCACAGUGUGCCUCUGAAGCACAGUGUGCCUCUGAAGCACAGUGUGCCUCUGAAGCACAGUGUGCCUCUGAAGCACAGUGUGCCUCUGAAGCACAGUGUGCCUCUGAAGCACAGUGUGCCUCUGAAGCACAGUGUGCCUCUGAAGCACAGUGUCGUGUAG